AUGUCUGUUGUCGGUAUUGAUUUCGGUGCGCAGAGCACCAAGAUUGGUGUUGCCCGCAACAAGGGCAUUGACAUUAUCACCAACGAGGUUUCCAACCGUCAGACUCCUUCCCUGGUCGGAUUCAAUGCCCGCAGCAGAGCCAUUGGUGAGGCCGCCAAGACACAAGAGACUUCCAACUUGAAGAACACCAUCGGCUCCCUGAAGCGCCUGAUCGGCCGUUCUUAUGAUGACCCCGAUGUCGAGGUUGAGAAGCAAUUCAACUCAUCAAACAUCUGCGAGGUCAAUGGCCUGGCCGGUGUUGAGGUCAACUACCUCGGCAAGAAGGAGAAGUUCACCGCGACACAGCUGGUUGCUAUGUACUUGACAAAGAUCAAGGACAUCGCCUCCAAGGAGCUGAAGCUCCCCGUCUCCGAUGUGACCGUCAGUGUUCCCGCCUGGUUCAGCGAUGUCCAGCGCCGUGCCAUGAUUGAUGCCGGUGAGAUUGCCGGUCUGAACGUGCUCCGCCUGGUCAACGACACCACCGCCACCGCUCUGGGUUACGGUAUCACCAAGCUCGACUUGCCCGGCCCUGAGGAGAAGCCCCGUCGUGUCGUUUUCAUCGACAUUGGUUACAGUGACUACACUGCCUCCGUUGUUGAGUUCCGCAAGGGCGAGCUGAACGUCAAGGCCACCGCCUGUGAUCGUCACUUUGGUGGUCGUAACUUCGACCAGGCUCUGACCGAGCGUUUCGCCGAUGAGUUCAAGGAGAAGUUCAAGAUCGACAUCCGCACCAACCCCAAGGCCUGGUCCCGUACUCUGGCCGCCGCCGAGAAGCUCAAGAAGGUCCUGUCCGCUAACCCCCAGGCCCCAUUGAGCAUCGAGUCUCUCAUGGAGGACACCGAUGUUCGCGCCAUGGUCAAGCGUGAGGAGCUCGAGGAGAUGGUCAGCCCUCUGCUCAACCGUCUCACUGUGCCUCUGGAGCAGGCUCUUGCUGAGGCCAAGCUCACUGUUGAUGACAUCGACAGCAUCGAGAUGGUCGGUGGAUGCACUCGUGUCCCCGCCAUCAAGGAGACCAUCAGCAAGUUCUUCGGCAAGACUCUCUCUUUCACCUUGAACCAGGAUGAGGCCAUUGCCCGUGGCGCCGCCUUCUGCUGUGCCAUCCUCUCCCCCGUCUUCCGUGUCCGCGACUUCGCCGUCCACGACAUUGUCAACUACCCCAUCGAGUUUACCUGGGAGCAGUCUGCCGAAAUCCCCGAUGAGGACACCAGCCUGACUGUCUUCAGCCGCGGCAAUGUUAUGCCUUCUACCAAGAUCCUUACCUUCUACCGCAAGCAGCCCUUCGACUUGGAGGCUCGCUACGCCAAGCCCGAGGCUCUGCCCGGCAAGAUCAACCCCUGGAUUGGCCGCUUCUCCGUGAAGGGUGUCCAGGCUGACGCCAACGACGACUUUAUGAUCUGCAAGCUCAAGGCCCGCCUGAACCUGCACGGUGUUCUCAAUGUUGAGUCCGGUUACUACGUUGAAGAUAUGGAGGUUGAGGAGCCCAUCCCCGAAGAGGGCGACAAGGAUGUAAGUCUUUCGCUUGAUUUGCCGAGUACCUAUACUCCCUGUGAUGUCACCCCCACUAAUUCUCUUUUUCUUCGAAAGGCCAUGGAUACAAACGGCGAGGAGCAGCCCAAGAAGACCCGCAAGGUCAAGAAGCAGGUUCGCAAGGGUGACCUGCCCAUCGUCUCCGGCACUGGUGGUGUUGACCAGGCCACCAAGGAGACCUGGACUGAGCGGGAGAACUCCAUGUACAUGGAGGACAAGCUGGUUGCCGAGACCGACGAGAAGAAGAACGAGCUUGAGGCUACCAUCUAUGAGCUCCGUGACAAGAUCGAUGGUGUCUACUCCGAGUUCGCCAACGAGGAGGAGAAGGACAAGCUGCGCUCCAAGCUGAUGGACGUCGAGGACUGGCUGUACGACGAGGGUGAUGACACCACCAAGUCCGUCUACGUCUCCAAGAUGGAGGAGAUCAGCUUCAUCUCCGGCCCCAUCAUCCAGCGCUACAAGGAGAAGCUCGAGGAGGAGCGCAACGCUGCCCUCAAGGCUGAGGAGGAGGCCGCUGCCAAGAAGCGCGCCGAGCUCGAGGCCAUGAAGAAGGCCGCCGAGGACCUCCGCAAGGCCGAGGAGGAGCACAAGAAGAAGCUCGCUGCCGAGGCUGGCGAUGCUGAGAUGCAAGAUGCUCCUGCUGAGGGUGCCGCUCCUUCCGAGGAGAAGCAGUAA